GCAGAGGUCAAUGAUGAACAUGAGGUCAGACAGAUUGAAACAGCAUCCAGGAAACCAGACAGACCAGAAACAACCAUCAGACAAGAAGACAUCUUUAAAGCCUCACCUGGAAGAGAUGAACCAAUCAGAACAGUGAUGACAAAGGGAGUGGCUGGCAUUGGGAAAACAGUCUUAACACAGAAGUUCACUCUGGACUGGGCUGAAGACAAAGCCAACCAGGACAUACAGUUCACAUUUCCAUUCACUUUCAGAGAGCUGAAUGUGCUGAAAGAGAAAAAGUACAGCUUGGUGGAACUUGUUCAUCACUUCUUUACUGAAACCAAAGCAGAAGGAAUCUGCAGGUUUGAAGAGUUCCAGGUUGUGUUCAUCUUUGAUGGUCUGGAUGAGUGUCGACUUCCUCUGGACUUCCGCAACAAUGAAAACCUGACUGAUGUUAGAGAGUCCACCUCAGUGGAUGUGCUGCUGACAAACCUCAUCAGGGGGAACCUGCUUCCCUCUGCUCGCCUCUGGAUAACCACACGACCUGCAGCAGCCAAUCAGAUCCCUCCUGAGUGUGUUGACAUGGUGACAGAGAUCAGAGGGUUCACUGACCCACAGAAGGAGGAGUACUUCAUGAAGAGGUUCAGAGAUGAGGAGCAGGCCAGCAGAAUCAUCUCCCACAUCAAGACAACACGAAGCCUCCACAUCAUGUGCCACAUCCCAGUCUUCUGCUGGAUCACUGCUACAGUUCUGGAGGAGGUGUUGAAGACCAGAGAGGGAGGAGAGCUGCCCAAGACCCUGACUGAGAUGUACAUCCACUUCCUGGUGGUUCAGUCCAUAUUGAAGAACAUCAAGUAUGAUGGAGGAGCUGAGACAGAUCCACACUGGAGUCCAGAGAGCAGGAAGAUGAUUGAGUCUCUGGGAAAAUUGGCUUUUGAGCAGCUGCAGAAAGGCAACCUGAUCUUCUAUGAAUCAGACCUGACAGAGUGUGGCAUCGAUAUCAGAGCAGCCUCAGUGUACUCAGGAGUGUUCACACAGAUUUUUAUAGAGGAGAGAGGGCUGUACCAGGACAAGGUGUUCUGCUUCGUCCAUCUGACCGUUCAGGAGUUUCUGGCUGCUCUUCAUGUCCAUCUGACCUUCAUCAACUCUGGUGUCAAUCUGCUGGCAGACGAACAAACAACAUCCCAGAAAUCUGAAAAAAGAAAAGACACCUUUGGAGAUGCACACUUUUAUCAGAUUGCUGUGGACAAGGCCUUACAGAGUCCAAAUGGACACCUGGACUUGUUCCUCCGUCUCCUGCUGGGCCUUUCACUGCAGACCAAUCAGACUCUCCUAAAAGGCCUGCUGACACAGACCAGAAGUAGCUCACAGACCAAUCAGGAAACAGGCCAGUACAUAAAGAGGAAGUUGGAGGAAAAUCUCACCACAGAGCAAAGCAUUAAUCUGUUCCACUGUCUGAAUGAACUGAAUGAUUGUUCUCUAGUGGAGCAGAUCCAACAGUCCCUGAGAUCAGGAAGUCUCUCCACAGAUGAACUCUCUCCUGCUCAGUGGUCAGCUCUGGUCUUCAUCUUACUGUCAUCAGAAAAAGAUCUGGACGUAUUUGACCUGAAAAAAUACUCUGCUUCAGAGGAGGCUCUUCUGAGGCUGCUGCCAGUGGUCAAAGCCUCCAACAAAGCUCUGCUAAUUGGCUGUAAUCUCUCAGAGAGAAGCUGUGAAGCUCUGUCCUCAGUUGUCAGCUCCCAGUCUGCUAGUCUUAGAGAGCUGGACCUGAGUAACAACAACCUGCAAGACUCGGGAGUGAAACUGCUGUCUGCUGGACUGGAGAGUCCACACUGUGCACUGGAAACUCUCAGGCUGUCAGGCUGUCUGAUCACAGAGGAAGGCUGCAAUUCUCUGGCCUUAGCUCUGAGCUCCAAUCCUUCCCACCUGAGAGAGCUGGACCUGAGCUACAAUCAUCCAGGAGACUCAGGAGUGAAGCUGCUGUCUGCUGGGCUGGACGAUCCACACUGGAGACUGGAUACUCUCAGGGUGGAGCCGGGUGGUGUCGGAUGGUUGAGACCAGGUCUGAGGAAGUAUUCCUGUGAACUCACACUUGACACAAACACAGUACACAGAGGGAUCAAACUGUCUGACAAUAACAGAAAGGCGACACAUGAGGUAGUGGAUCAGCCAUAUCCUGAUCAUCCAGACAGGUUUGACUAUUGGCCUCAGCUGUUGUGUAGAAAUGGUCUGAUUGGUCGCUGUUACUGGGAGGUCGAGUGGAGAGGAAGAGUACAUAUAGCAGUGACUUACAGAGGAAUCAGUAGGACUGGAAAUGGAUAUGAAUGUUUGUUUGGAAGGAAUGAUGUGUCCUGGAGUCUGGUCUGCUCUGAUACUAUUGGUUACUCUGUCUGGCACUGUAAUAAAGCAACAUACAUCACCACCACCACUACCACCUCCUCCUUCUCUGGCUGUAACAGAGUAGCAGUGUAUGUGGACUGUCCUGCUGGCACUCUGUCCUUCUUCAGAGUCUCCUCUGGCACAUUGAUCCACCUUCACACCUUCAACACCACAUUCACUGAACCUGUUUAUCCUGGGUUCAGGUUCUGGUCUGACAGGUCUGGUUCCUCAGUGUCUCUGUGUUCUCUGUAGGAGGGAGAGUCAAAGUGACUGACUGUUUCCUGCUGCUAUUGGAAAACAAAUGACUUGCUGAUUUAAAGGAUGUGACUCUGAUGUUCAACAGAUUUCAUGUUGCUGUUACUCAAACCCCAGACCCCGGACAAGGGCGCAGCCUCCCCAGCUAGCCACCCCUUAGUCAUAUCAAUAAGUAAUUUAUUUAACCAUUGCUGCACUGUGUUUUUUAUUUAUUUUGCCUGACUAUUUCUCUUAUUCAUUAUCCUUCAGUUGUUUCCUUAUGUCUGCUGUUUAUUGCUGUUGUUCGGCUGUAUGUCUCCUGUUGUCCCCCCUUUCCCCCAGCCCCCCCUCCCCGUUCUCUUGCAGGUGUCUUUGCUUUCUCUGUGGUGUUGAUGUGAUGUUUGUGCCCCUCUAUCUGGCCCAGUGACAAAUUAAUACAUAAUUAUAUAAUAAAUAAUAAAGAAGACAAAGGAGUAUAUUAAAACUCAGCAAAUUCUGUCUGGUACAACAUGGG